AUGCAUCAUAAGAAUAGAAAGUAUGAAUUUGAAAAUGAUAAGCAACCACAAGUUCCAAAUAAAAGUCAUUAUGUUGAUAAUAUUGAUGUUGAAAUUCUUGAUAUUGUGCCCAUUGAAAAUGAUAAUCUUGAUAGUGUGCCCAUUGAAAAUGAAAAUCUUGAUAGUUUGCCCAUUGAAAAUGAUAAUAUUGAUAGUGUGUCCAUUACUGAUGAAGCUAAUAAUGAUUGUGAUAAUUUUGAGAAAGUUAAUAGUGAAAAUCAUAAUGUUGAUUAUGAUAUAUUUGAUCCAAGAAAUUGGGAUCAUCUUCAGCCUAAACUGAUUGAUUUGUUAGUUGUGAAAGGUCCUAAAAGAGAUGAUUAUAUUGUGAAGGGUCUUAGAGAUAGUUUGAAUAGACGUUUUACGACUAAUUUAUAUAUGUUAGAUCUUUAG